AUGUUCGAUUUUGAUUUCGAUCGUCUCGAAGAAGAAAACCAGGACGGUAACAGCUUGUGUGGUUUUCUGGUUGUUGGAUUGGAUGGCAGUGAGUAUAACCUCACCCUCCCAUCAAACACCACUGUGCGGGAGGUCAAGGCCUCCUUGGAAAAAGCGUAUGGAAUACCUGUCCUGGAACAAAGAAUAUGUCAUGCGAACGGUUUGCGCGAGUUGCCUGAUCAUUGCCGACUAACAGCGGCUGUCUGCCAGUUGUCUCUGGUUCGUGUGGAAGUGGACUGGUUCUCCCGACUGCAGCGCAACCCACUUGAGUUGUCCAAUGCGCCGGCGUGCAUCAGGGCAGACAAGGGCAUGGUCCAACAAGCAGCGAAAAGAGAUGUUUCUGCAAUUGCCUAUGCAGCUGCAGAGCUACGAGGAGAUGAAGACUUUGCUGUGUACAUGGCAAAAGAGAAUGGAAAUGCUCUUCGAUACUUCAGCUCUGAGCUUCGACGAAAUAGGGCGGUUGUACUGGCAGCAGUACACAAUGCUGGUUCCAUGCUGAAGUAUGUGGAUGAAACUCUCCAAGCUGAUGAGGAGGUGGUCCUUGCAGCAGCUGGACAGGAUGCGAAAGCUUUGAUGCACGCCUCUCCAGACCUUGUUAAAGACACGGACUUCACAAGACGCGUGAUCGCCAAGAAUCGACUUGCUGCGGAAUAUGUUCAAUCUUUGGCACUCGACAGCCGUAGCCGGGAGUUGCAGCGAAGACAGGAAGAGGAAGACAAGCAGCGCUACGCGCGAGACAUCGAGGAUGCGAAGAUUACUGUUGAUGCCGCUUAUGCUCUAUACCAGCGCGGUGCGAUUUUCCUCGAUGCGAGAUCCGAGCAGGAGUUCGACAGGAGCCAUAUAUCUGGGGCGCUUCCGUUUUCCGAACAGACGUCGGUGCUUCGAAGUGUCAUCAUGCAAAGGGGCUUGUCUGCGACCUUGGCAUCUGAUUCAGUGGUGCAGCGUUUGCGAGGCUCGUUGAGGGACACGGUUAUCGUCUAUAGCGACAAUGGAUCAGAUGACAUCAGCCUGGGCUACAUAAGUCGGUGUGUCCGUGUUGCUCAGGAGCUACGUCGUGCCUGUCGCCUUGAACCGUCUUUAGGUAGCAGCCACAGGGUGCGUCGGCUACUUGGUGGACUGAACCAGUGGAAGCGGGCAGGGUAUCCAACGAACGGCGAGCAGCGACUACUGAUCAACAAUAGUAUUCUCCUGGAGGGAGGCAUUCAUGCGUGCUUGGGCCUGGAAUCUGACAUGUAG